AUGUUUCGACGUCUAUUUGGUGAAUCAAAAUCAAAAGAUAAUAGUCAUCCAUUUUCAUCUUCUGGAUCUCAUACACGCAAUGUUGAUAAUCAAAAUCAAGAUGCUCUUCGAACAAUAAAUUAUCUACAACAAAGUGAAGAUUUGAUGGAUAAAAAAUUAGAAAAAAUUGAUGAAGAAAUUGCUGAUGUACAAAAUAAAGCUCGUCAAUGUUUAAAAAAAACAAAUCCAGAUCGUAUAGGUGCAAUACGUUUUAUUAAACGACGAAAACAACUUGAACAACAAAGAGAAAAAUUAUGGAAAAUGAAAGAAAAUAUUGUAUUAGUUAAUGAACAAGUUCAAGCAUCACAUUUUAAUCGACAAGUAACUGAUAGUUUAAAUAUUGGCCAACAACAUUUAAAACGUGCACAAAAAUCAAUGACAACAAAAAAAAUUGAACAAAUUAUUGAUAAUAUUACAGAACAAAUCGAUAUUUCAAAUGAUAUUAAUGAUUUAUUAGCUACACCAAUAGGAACAAAUGAUUUAAUUACAACUGAUUUGGAUCUUGAAAAUGAAUUAAAUUCUUUAAAUAAUGAAAUUCUUGCUGAAAAUAUGAUUCAAAUUAAUUUACCUACUGUUCAUUCAGGGCCAAUUAAAUUACCAAAUGAACACAAAUCAUCAUCAAUGAAUGAUAUUGAUAACCAAUUAGCAGAAUUACAACGUCUUACAACAGGAUAG